UCUCUCUGAAGCCAUGGACAGAAGAAAAUCAUAUUUCAAUUCCAUCGCCUCGCCGCCGGCGAGAACUUCUGCGACCUCCACCGGCAAGAAGACUCCUCAUUCCGACAAAGAAGAAGAACUCACCGGAAAAUUCAGCCCAAUGACGAAUAAUAUCGUCUCCCCAGACAACAACAAUGGUUAUGAUUCUCAAGAAAAUACAGCGGGCCGCGAAGAGAGCUCCGGCUAUGAAUAUUCACCAUUUUCCUUGCGCUCUUUUCAUGAAUACAAUUGGGACGAGUUGGGAAUUUCCACGGAUAACAAUGAUUUUACGGUGCCAUUACCGAGUUCAGAGGCUGAAUCAAGGAAUAGGAUUAGGGGGAUGAUCAAGUGGAAGAAUCUUUGAGUCCAAUAGUGUUAGGGAUGAUCAAGUGGGAGAAUCUUCGCAUCCAAAUUUAGCUGAGCCGGAGAAUCGGCGCGAAAGGCAAGAGUCGAGGCUUAAUCAUCAACAGCCGAUAAGAGGGUUAGAUCCACGGACAAUGCCGUAUUUUCCAAUAUGGCUCUGGCGCCGUUGAAUAGGGUUUGAAAAAAUUUCUUCAUCUCUAAGUUUCGACGUAUAAAAAUCAAGAUCGAGACCCUUGAUCCGAUCGAAUUUGAAAAAUAUCAUUGUUUAGAUUGCAUAAUUAGCUUAGUUCGAAAUUUUCGAUUCUUGCAUUCAAUCGGGUAUGAGUUUCAUUUGUUUUGGGAUCACAUUAGAAAAUGUCUUAAU